GACGUCCGCUUACUAGUUGAUUCUGUGGUGGGUAUGAACGUCGUCAUAUUUGUUUAUGUAAAAAUCGCCAUCUAGCGUUUUGGAGGUUAUUACAGAUGUCUGGCAGCUGUAUCUGUGCUGCCAUCUGUCAUAACCGGUAUCGAAAUAUCUCGAGUCACUGUGACGACGCGGACGUAAACGCUGUGUUUGAUUUGUCAGCAAUCCGUGGUUCAUUCUGUUCUUAAAAUAAUUUGAACCGACAGCGAAUGCGUUCCUUGUGUGAAUGUCUAAUGCGAUGGUGUAAAUGUGAGCCAGCAAAACACUGAAGUCUGGUUUUUCGAGUUCAACCAGAGCGAGAAACUCAAGCUAAGUUGCAGUUUGCUAGCUGUAGAGUUGCGCAUUAGUUUGUAAACACGUUUGUUUAAAGCCGUAGCGAUGGCUGACGGAAGUUCUUACAGCGUGAAGUUGUACAUUUAUGACCUGUCAAAAGGACUGGCCCGUCAGCUGAGUCCCAUGAUGCUAGGAAAGCAAGUGGAGGGAAUAUGGCACACCUCUGCAGUGGUUUAUGGGGAAGAGUUUUUCUAUGGAGGAGGAGGCAUAACAAGCUGCUUUCCGGGUGGUACUAUUCUAGGUGUGCCUGAUUCCAUAGUGGACCUUGGAAACACAGAAGUUCCUCGGGACCUUUUUCAGGAAUAUCUGUCUUCGCUCAGGGAGUCUACUUACAGACCUGAAAAAUACCACCUUUUUGAACACAACUGUAACACCUUCAGCUCUGAGGUUGGGCAGUUUUUAACAGGAACUAAGAUUCCCUCAUACAUCACCGAACUCCCAUCUGAGGUGCUCGCUACACCUUUUGGACAAGCACUCCGUCCUUUUCUCGAUUCAGUCACCAUCACUCCAUCGGGGGACAAUGGCAUGAAUGGAUAUGGCCAGUUGUAGAUGUGGCUGCAUCUAAAAAUGUAUUAUUACAACAGUCAUGAAGCUUGUGUCUCAGACUUAUAAUAGUUUACUUAAGUUUGACCCAUUGUGUCGAUAUAAAAUAGCAUUUAUAUAAAAGCAGGUUUUCCAGAUUUUCUGCUCAGUGCCUUUUCAAACUCAAAUUGUUUGCAAUAAUCUUUAAAAAUACAGCAAACUUUUUAAAUAGAUUAAAUGUACCAAAGCAAAUUGUAUCAGGAUUCCCCUUAUCGGUCUGUAGGUGUCUCUGUUCUACCUCAACAUGAUCUGUUACUUCAGAUGCUUUAAGAGGAAUAGAGGAUGAGAAUUAGGUUGCUAAAUAUGCUAUGGUGAUUAAUACUGAUUAAAAGAGUGUAAUUUAGAGUCCCUUAUUUAUGUGUAAAUUAAUUAGACAAUUCAUGCACUUUUGCCGUUUACUGUGCUUAUAAAGUGCUGAACUCAUUUUCAGAUGUUUUACUCAGUCACUCUUUCUUUAAUCAGUCACUCCCUUUGUACUGAUUAUUGACUCUUUCUGUGUUGUAACUAAGUUGUUAUCUAAACCUUACCUUUCCUCAGGACAGCAUUUAUAUAAAUCCUAGAGUGCCAUGAAUAUAGACUAAAGAGGGUUAAAGGGGAUCAAUGACAUUACAGGAAGCACAAUAACAGUAUCACACAGAUGAAGCUAAUGAAUGUUUUAUAAAAAUGUGCAGGACCCAAUAGGAAAGUUGUUGUAUUUUUCAAGUCUUUUGACUCUUGUCCAUUUGCUUUUUUUAUUUGUUACUCUGGUUGCAAAUAGUAGUAUAGACAGGAAAGAUAGCAUAGGAAUGUGGCUUUAGUGACAAAAGACCAUUACUAGUAAUUAUUUAACAAGCAGUAUAGAAUUCAUAACUCAGUGGUCUAAACUGUGUUAAGUCCAUAGGACCAGUGUAAUCCUAACAAACACAUUAGCAAUGAGAUAUAUUUAUGUGAUUGAUUUUUAACCAAUUUAUAAAAAUGUGUGUACAAUUUUUAUAACAUGAGAUUUUAUAUAUGAUAAGUAUUACUAGUGAUAAUCUCACAAUUACAAUGAUUUUAUGUUCAGGUUAUGCUGCCUGAUUUAUCUGUGCUACUGUUGUCCUGGUAAUACUAUUUGGAGCUCUUAAUUUUCUGCCUCAAAUAAACCUCA